AUGGAAACACCGCCAGCUCAAGGCGCGGCUGUUGUCCCGGAUAUGGCACAGCCGGCAUCACAACAACAGCAGCAGCCUGAAUCGCCAGCUGUUCUUCCACCAAGUGAAUCUGCUACAAAGGAUCUGCCGAUGAAGCGCGAGUCACUGGUUGGACCCGAGGGGACCCCCGGCACUAACGGCGUUUCCCAGCCACAGCUCAAUGGCCACUCUUCUAUAUCAAAUGGCGUAGCUUCGACGUUGAAGCAUUCUGAUGUGCAGGAACCCACGCUGUCAGCUGACCUUCUAUCCCCUGUCGAUCAACCAUCGAACCACAAGACUACAGGGGUAGAGUCAGAAACUGCAGCUCUACAUCUCAAUUCAAGCGAUGUAAAUGGGAAUGGCAAGGAAUACACCAAACCUUUGGAAGCUUCCCACGUGGAUACCAACAUGGACCUGCCAGAUGACGGCCAUGACCCUCUCUUUUCAUCUACCUUUUCUCAGGAUCAAGAUAUUGAUCAUGACAUGGGUAUUACUCCGCUGAUUCCGGUGGGCGCACCCGGAGAUAUUCCACUGGAACAAGAAGGCCGACCGGAACCUGCGUCAGUGAAUGAGCCCGCAGAGAAGGGUAAGCCGGAUCAAGUCAUGGGUGAUGACGUACCCGCACCAAUAGGCUCAGUCGGCACAGCCAAAGUUCCCCGGGAGCGUGAGGAUGAUGACGAUGAACGAGCCGCCAAACGCAAGAAGACUGAAGACCUCGCUGCCGACGAACAGUCGUCGCGGGCGCCGGAAGUCUCGUCGUCCUCCCCUACCGCCCCGGCUGCCCCUGUCACUCCCACCGCCGACGCUAGCAACGGCCUACCAGACGUGCUCCGGCCUAUCACCAAGCUUCAAACCAAGUACCUGAUCCGCACUUUGCAGUCCCUAAAACGACUUAAUGAUGCUCAAAUGUUCAAGACGCCUGUCGACCCAAUCAAGUUGAACAUACCGUCCUACCCUACUCUCAUCAAGCAUCCAAUGGACAUGCAGACGAUAGAGGGUAAACUAAAGUCGGAAAUUUACAAUACGCCACAGGAGGUCAUCGGUGAUUUCCAGCUCAUGGUAAACAACUCCAAGACGUUCAACGGACCCGAACACCCCGUCUCAAAGUCUGGAGAUAACCUAUUCCGAAACUUUGAACGACACAUCUUGAAACUUCCCGGCCACGAUGAAGUUGAGCUCACGCCCGCCGAGAAGAAGAGCAAAAAGGCAGCAACUGCGCCCACCAAGACACAACCAUCUCGACGAGAAGCACGACCAGUUGCUCCACCGCCACCGCCACCCCCGCCGGCGGCUGCUAUACCGGCCCCUCGAGCCAGCACUGCCGCAUCGCCCACCUUUGCGCUCGGCCCAGAGGGGCUACCGCUGAUCCGCCGCGACUCCACCACAGUCGACGGCCGGCCGAAGCGAUCCAUCCACCCUCCCAAAAACCGUGAUCUCCCUUUCGCGAUGAAACCAAAGAAGAAGAAGUUCCAGUGGGAACUGAAAUUCUGCCAGGAAGUACUCGACGAGCUACACAAGGGGAAACACUACGCCCUUGUAGCACCAUUCUACUUCCCUGUCGAUCCUGUCGCCCUUAACAUCCCAACCUAUCAUCACGUAAUUAAAAAGCCCAUGGACUUGCAAACAAUGAAAACCAAGCUGUCAACCGGCCAAUACGAAAAUGCGAAAGAAUUCGAAGUCGACAUGCGCCAGAUCUUCAAGAACUGCUACAAAUUUAACAUUUUCGGUGAUCCCGUCUACACUGCUGGAAAACGCGUAGAGGAACUCUUCGAUAAUAAGUGGAGUCAAAAGGCGCGGUGGCUGGAGGCACAUGAACCCUCCUCGGGACACCAGUCUGCUGGCUCCUCGGAUGAAUCCGAUGAUCAUGAUGAAGAAGAUAGCGACGACAAUGAGCAGGAGAAGCUUACACUGCUGCAGAAACAAAUUGCAGAAAUGUCCAAGCAGGUUGAAGCAAUUACGAAGAAGAAAAAGACCCCUCCGGCUUCGAAAAAAUUAGGCAAAGCCAAGGGAAAGAAGGAUGCGAAGAGAGGUACUACCGGAACAGCUGGUAGGAAAGAUAAGAAGGGGGGUGGUUCAAAGGCCAAGUCUGAAAAGACGAGAUGGAUCACCUACCAGGAGAAGACUAUGAUUUCGAACGGCAUUAGCAGUUUACCUGAGAACAAGAUGAGCGAGGCAUUGACUCUUAUCCAGCGAAACGUGCCUUCGCUUCAGGGAACCAACGAAGCCGAAAUCGAACUUGACAUCGACGAGCUGCCCAACGACGUGCUUCUAUUGCUGUUGAAAUUCGUCAGAAAACAUGCCCCAGCUGCUGCUUUGGACGGAUACAAUGAACCCAGCGACCCAGAACCAAUACCUUCUUUGCCCCAAUCAAAGCCAAAGAAGAGUAAGCCUAUGAACAAGACAGAGCAGGAAGAGCAAAUUCGCUCCUUGCAGAGCAACCUGUCCAAGUUCAAAGGUGGUGCCGGUGCUGGUGCUGGUGGAACCGCUAUGGGCGGAGGGCAGUCAUACGAUCAAGCUCACUUGUCUGAAAGCAGUGGUGACGAUGAAGACUCCGAAGAGAGUGAGGAAGAGUAG